AUGGGGAAUGAGGUACCAUGGGGAAGGAGGUACCAUGGGGAAGGAGGUACCAUGGGGAUGGAGGUACCAUGGGGAAGGAUUUACCAUGGGGAAGGAGGUACCAUGGGGAAGGAGGUACCAUGGGGAAGGAGGUACCAUGGGGAAGGAGGUACCAUGGGGAAGGAGGUACCAUGGGGAAGGAGGUAUCAUGGGGAAGGAGGUACCAUGGGGAAGGAGGUACCAUGGGGAAGGAGGUACCAUGGGGAAGGAGGUACCAUGGGGAAGGAGGUACCAUGGGGAAGGAGGUACCAUGGGGAAGGAGGUACCAUGGGGAAGGAGGUAUCAUGGGGAAGGAGGUACCAUGGGGAAGGAGGUACCAUGGGGAAGGAGGUACCAUGGGGAAGGAGGUACCAUGGGGAAGGAGUACAAUGGGGAAGGAGAUACCAUGGGAAAGGAGAUACCAUGGGGAAGGAGGUACCAUGGGGAAGGAGGUACCAUGGGAAAGGAGAUACCAUGGGGAAGGAGGUACCAUGGGGAAGGAGGUACCAUGGGGAAGGAGGUACCAUGGGGAAGGAGGUACCAUGGGGAAGGAGGUACCAUGGGGAAGGAGGUACCAUGGGGAAGGAGAUACCAUGGGGAAGGAGAUACCAUGGGGAAGGAGGUACCAUGGGGAAGGGGGUACCAUGGGGAAGGGGGUACCAUGGGGAAGGAGGUACCAUGGGGAAGGAGGUACCAGGUACCAUGGGGAAGGAGAUACCAUGGGGAAGGAGGUACCAUGGAGAAGGAGGUACCAUGGGGAAGGAGAUACCAUGGGGAAGGAGAUACCAUGGGGAAGGAGGUACCAUGGGGAUGGAGAUACGAUGGGGAAGGAGAUACCAUGGGGAAGGAGGUACCAUGAGGAAGGAGAUACCAUGGGGAAGGAGGUACCAUGGGGAAGGAGGUACCAUGGGGAAGGAGGUACCAUGGGGAAGGAGGUACCAUGGGGAAGGAGGUACCGUGGGGAAGGAGAUACCAUGGGGAAGGAGAUACCAUGGGGAAGGAGAUACCAUGGGGAAGGAGGUACCAUGGGGAAGGAGAUACCAUGGGGAAGGAGGUACCAUGGGGAAGGAGGUACCAUGGGGAAGGAGAUACCAUGGGGAAGGAGGUACCAUGGGGAAGGAGAUACCAUGGGGAAGGAGAUACCAUGGGGUAGGAGGUACCAUGGGGAAGGAGGUACCAUGGGGAAGGAGGUACCAUGGGGAAGGAGGUACCAUGGGGAAGGAGGUACCAUGGGGAAGGAGGUAUCAUGGGGAAGGAGGUACCAUGGGGAAGGAGGUACCAUGGGGAAGGAGGUACCAUGGGGAAGGAGGUACCAUGGGGAAGGAGGUACCAUGGGGAAGGAGGUACCAUGGGGAAGGAGAUACCAUGGGGAAGGAGGUACCAUGGGGAAGGAGAUACCAUGGGGAAGGAGAUACCAUAAGGAAGGAGAUACCAUGGGGAAGGAGGUACCAUGGGAAGGAGGUACCAUGGGGAAGGAGGUACCAUGGGGAUGGAGGUACCAUGGGGAAGGAUUUACCAUGGGGAAGGAGGUACCAUGGGGAAGGAGGUACCAUGGGGAAGGAGGUACCAUGGGGAAGGAGGUACCAUGGGAAGGAGGUACCAUGGGGAAGGAGGUACCAUGGGGAAGGAGGUACCAUGAGGAAGGAGGUACCAUGGGGAAGGAGGUAUCAUGGGGAAGGAGGUACCAUGGGGAAGGAGGUACCAUGGGGAAGGAGGUACCAUGGGGAAGGAGGUACCAUGGGGAAGGAGGUACCAUGGGGAAGGAGGUACCAUGGGGAAGGAGGUACCAUGGGGAAGGAGGUAUCAUGGGGAAGGAGGUACCAUGGGGAAGGAGGUACCAUGGGGAAGGAGGUACCAUGGGGAAGGAGAUACCAUGGGGAAGGAGGUACCAUGGGGAAGGAGAUACCAUGGGGAAGGAGAUACCAUGGGGAAGGAGGUACCAUGGGGAAGGAGGUACCAUGGGGAAGGAGGUACCAUGGGGAAAGGGAUACCAUGGGGAAUGAGGUACCAUGGGGAAGGAGGUACCAUGGGGAAGGAGGUACCAUGGGGAAGGAGAUACCAUGGGGAAGGAGGUACCAUGGGGAAGGAGGUACCAUGGGGAAGGAGGUACCAUGGGGAAGGAGGUACCAUGGGGAAGGAGGUAUCAUGGGGAAGGAGGUACCAUGGGGAAGGAGGUACCAUGGGGAAGGAGGUACCAUGGGGAAGGAGGUACCAUGGGGAAGGAGGGUACCAUGGGGAAGGAGGUAUCAUGGGGAAGGAGGUACCAUGGGGAAGGAGGUACCAUGGGGAAGGAGGUACCAUGGGGAAGGAGGUACCAUGGGGAAGGAGGUACAAUGGGGAAGGAGAUACCAUGGGAAAGGAGAUACCAUGGGGAAGGAGGUACCAUGGGGAAGGAGGUACCAUGGGAAAGGAGAUACCAUGGGGAAGGAGGUACCAUGGGGAAGGAGGUACCAUGGGGAAGGAGGUACCAUGGGGAAGGAGGUACCAUGGGGAAGGAGGUACCAUGGGGAAGGAGGUACCAUGGGGAAGGAGAUACCAUGGGGAAGGAGAUACCAUGGGGAAGGAGGUACCAUGGGGAAGGGGGUACCAUGGGGAAGGGGGUACCAUGGGGAAGGAGGUACCAUGGGGAAGGAGGUACCAGGUACCAUGGGGAAGGAGAUACCAUGGGGAAGGAGGUACCAUGGGGAAGGAGGUACCAUGGGGAAGGAGAUACCAUGGGGAAGGAGAUACCAUGGGGAAGGAGGUACCAUGGGGAUGGAGAUACGAUGGGGAAGGAGAUACCAUGGGGAAGGAGGUACCAUGAGGAAGGAGAUACCAUGGGGAAGGAGGUACCAUGGGGAAGGAGGUACCAUGGGGAAGGAGGUACCAUGGGGAAGGAGGUACCAUGGGGAAGGAGGUACCGUGGGGAAGGAGAUACCAUGGGGAAGGAGAUACCAUGGGGAAGGAGAUACCAUGGGGAAGGAGGUACCAUGGGGAAGGAGAUACCAUGGGGAAGGAGGUACCAUGGGGAAGGAGGUACCAUGGGGAAGGAGAUACCAUGGGGAAGGAGGUACCAUGGGGAAGGAGAUACCAUGGGGAAGGAGAUACCAUGGGGUAGGAGGUACCAUGGGGAAGGAGGUACCAUGGGGAAGGAGGUACCAUGGGGAAGGAGGUACCAUGGGGAAGGAGGUACCAUGGGGAAGGAGGUAUCAUGGGGAAGGAGGUACCAUGGGGAAGGAGGUACCAUGGGGAAGGAGGUACCAUGGGGAAGGAGGUACCAUGGGGAAGGAGGUACCAUGGGGAAGGAGGUACCAUGGGGAAGGAGAUACCAUGGGGAAGGAGGUACCAUGGGGAAGGAGAUACCAUGGGGAAGGAGAUACCAUAAGGAAGGAGAUACCAUGGGGAAGGAGGUACCAUGGGGAAGGAGGUACCAUGGGGAAGGAGGUACCAUGGGGAUGGAGGUACCAUGGGGAAGGAUUUACCAUGGGGAAGGAGGUACCAUGGGGAAGGAGGUACCAUGGGGAAGGAGGUACCAUGGGGAAGGAGUACCAUGGGGAAGGAGGUACCAUGGGGAAGGAGGUACCAUGGGGAAGGAGGUACCAUGGGGAAGGAGGUACCAUGGGGAAGGAGGUAUCAUGGGGAAGGAGGUACCAUGGGGAAGGAGGUACCAUGGGGAAGGAGGUACCAUGGGGAAGGAGGUACCAUGGGGAAGGAGGUACCAUGGGGAAGGAGGUACCAUGGGGAAGGAGGUACCAUGGGGAAGGAGGUAUCAUGGGGAAGGAGGUACCAUGGGGAAGGAGGUACCAUGGGGAAGGAGGUACCAUGGGGAAGGAGAUACCAUGGGGAAGGAGGUACCAUGGGGAAGGAGAUACCAUGGGGAAGGAGAUACCAUGGGGAAGGAGGUACCAUGGGGAAGGAGGUACCAUGGGGAAGGAGGUACCAUGGGGAAAGGGAUACCAUGGGGAAUGA